AUGGAGCUCGCUAGUGCCAAAGACUUCCAGUGGAAAAGCCUCGCCCCCCUCCCGAGCCGCAGGGUCUACUCCACCUUGGUGGAGGCUGGUGGGCAAGUGUUUGCCAUCGGGGGCUGCGAUGACAACGGGGUGCCCAUGGAUUGCUUUGAGGUCUACUCCCCCGAGGCUGACCAGUGGACCUCGCUGCCCCCCAUGCCCACAGCCCGGGCUGGCGUGGCCGUGGCCAACUUGGGCAAGAGGAUCAUGGUGAUAGGAGGGGUCGGAGUGAAUCAGAUGCCUCUGAAGAUAGUGGAGAUGUACAACAUAGAGGAGGGCAAGUGGAAGAAGAGGAGCUCGCUGAGAGAGCCGGCCAUGGGCAUCUCGGUGACAUCAAAAGACUACAGAGUCUAUGCAGCUGGUGGGAUGGGAUCUGACCUGCGGCCACACAACUACCUGCAGCACUAUGACAUGCUGAAGGACAUCUGGGUGUCUCUGGCAGCCAUGCCCACACCCAGGUACGCUGCCACAUCCUUCCUGAGAGGCACCAAGAUCUACGUGCUGGGUGGGAGGCAGUCCAAGUACGCUAUCAACGCCUUCGAGGUCUUCGACACCGAGACCAGGUCCUGGACCAAGUUUCCCAACAUCCCCAACAAAAGGGCCUUCUCCAGCUUCGUGCCCACAGAAGACAAACUCUUCAGCCUCGGGGGCCUGCGGCAGGGACGGCUCUACAGGCAGCCCAAGUUCAUGAGGACCGUGGAUAUGUUUGACAUGGAGCAAGGUGGCUGGAUGAAGAUGGAACGCUCCUUCUACCUGAAGAAACGGCGAGCAGACUUCGUGGCUGGCUACCUGAAAGGCAGAGUCGUUGUGGCUGGGGGACUAGGAAACCAGCCCACUGUCCUGGAGUCUGCAGAGGCUUUCCAUCCCGAGAAGAACAAGUGGGAGAGCCUGCCCCCCAUGCCCACCCCACGCUGUGCCUGCUCCAGCAUCGUGCUCGGGAACUGCCUGCUGGCCGUGGGUGGGGUGAGCCAGGGCCUGAGCAGUGCUGUGGAGGCACUGUGCCUCUCUGAGUCCUAG